UUCGAAUUGGAAUCUGCUCCUUCGAGAUCGCUCCUCACUCCAACGUCACAGCCACAUCUCACCGUUUAUUGUGAACAUCUCUAAGGAGCAUGAUGUCAGGUUGGUGUGAGGAGCAGAUCCGGACUCCGCUGUUUCAUCUUUAAAACAGUAAGCAAGAGGGAGAAAGACAGAGAGAGGCCAUGGCCAAAGUAUCGAAGAAGGUCGAAAAUGGAGAAAAAGCUGAGCAAAAUCCAGAAACCCAAGAACGGAAAAGACUUAAAAAGCUUGCAUUAUCUGAAAAGUUGCUCUCCCAGACUCCUUCUAGAGCCAUUUCUUCUCUCAGCCCCUCGAAGACUGUUCUCAAGCACCAUGGCAAAGACAUACUGAAGAAAUCUCAGAGGAAGAACAGAUUCCUUUUCUCUUUCCCUGGCCUUCUCGCUCCCAUUACAGGCGGAAGAAUUGGCGAGCUGAAGGAUUUGGGAACUAAGAAUCCAAUACUCUACCUCGAUUUUCCUCAGGGCCAGAUGAAGUUGUUUGGUACGAUUGUUUACCCGAAGAACAGAUAUUUGACCUUACAGUUCUCGAAAGGAGGGAAGAAUGUCAUUUGCGAGGAUUAUUUUGAUAACAUGAUUGUUUUUUCUGAUGCAUGGUGGAUUGGAAAAAAAGAUGAGAAUCCAGGGGAGGCCCGGCUUGAAUUUCCUAAGGAAUUGAACCAGAAUGAGGGACAAGGAGACCAUGAUUUUAAAGGUGGUGCAGGUGUCAUAUCUGAAGAAAAACCAGGUGUUAACAAACUUGAAAAGGACUAUGAAUGCCACUCCCCUAGAGACGUGCCAGAAGAUGAUGCAUCUGAGGGUUCUGAUCAUUUGCUUGCUGAUGAUCUGAAAGAUAUGAUGGACAUGACACCAGUUCGGCAUUCAGCAAGAACAGCUGGGAAAACGUUCAAGUAUUAGCCUACUUAUUUCAUCU